GUAACUGAUCUGUGUAUUAAAAAAUAGCAUAAAUUAUGUAGCACAACCAGCCUAUUUCAUUAUUUUCGAUCAGUCCCCUUUCGUAACGUUUGUAUAAUCUUGUGUUCGGAUUAUUUUGAAUUCAGUGCACUAAAAGCUCAACGUUAAGUAUUGAUUUAAUCUUAUAUUUUGACAUAGAUUAAACGCUUAUAAUAAAAUUAGUCUGUGUAGACUUUAGAUCACUAACGUCAUUUCCACCAAAGUAUAAAUUUCGUUUAAAACUAAUUUCUAUUAUUAUUCUGAAAUAUAAUAACAACUAAUAAUUAUGUACGGUAGUGUUCCUUUAAUUGUUAGGUUACUAGCUUCGUCAGUAUCAGUUGCCAACCGAGCUGGGAAAAUCGUUCGCGAUGUAAUGAGCAAAGGGGAACUUGGUAUAGUGGAAAAGGGUAAAGACGACUAUCAAACAGAAGCAGAUAGGUCUGCUCAACGCUGUAUUGUUGCAUCACUUGCAGCUCAAUAUCCUAACUUAAAAAUAAUAGGUGAAGAAGAUAGUCUGGAGGAUGAGGGUGAAGUUGUGAGUGAUUGGUUAGUGAAUGAAAUAGAUAAGGAAAUAUUAAAAUUACAAUGUCCUCCAAAUCUUCAAGAAGUCAAGGAAGAGGAUAUUGUAGUGUGGGUGGAUCCACUUGAUGGAACUUCAGAAUAUACUCAAGGAUUCUUAGAACAUGUGACUGUACUAAUUGGUAUAGCUGUGAAUGAGACGCCAGUUGCUGGUGUCAUCCAUCAACCAUACUAUAAAAAUAUAGUUGAAGGUGACAAGAAAAUCGGUAGGACAAUUUGGGGACUGCAUGGUGUGGGUGUAGGUGGAUUUACCCCGGCUCCUCCUCCUGAAUCCAUUGUAAUUACAACUACUAGAAGCCAUUCGAAUCCUGUUGUGGAGGAGGCACUAAAAGUUAUGAAUGCUUCAAAGGUGCUUAGGGUUGGUGGAGCUGGUUACAAGGUAUCUAUACUACUGUGAGAUUCCUUUGAACUA